AUGCCGCCAACCGCCUGUGCAUGGGAACUCUGGGACCAAAGCCGGCCUCCAGGAGGGCUUUCCAGGCACACUUCUGUCGGGAUGCCCACGGUCUUCGAGGCCUUCCAUCGUCACGAGUUUGUUGCAGCCUCAGCGCCGGCGAAGAUCCGGACGCUGCCAACACCGCUGCCUGCACUCCAGACACCGCUCGACGAGGAGGAGAUGGCUGCCUCCCGGCCGAGGGUUCAGGAGCUUCCACCAGAAGAGAUGCCAAAGGUUCGCACCAUCGACGAGGAGGAUGACCUUCGCUUUAAGGACAGCGAAGAAGAUCCGCAAAUUGCGCGGCUGGGGACGACGUCACAUGGCGAUGUGUGUGUGUGUGUGUGUAUAGUGUGCGUAUAG